UCACACCAUCAAGUUGAUGGUGUGACUGGUGUCACAGGAGACGCGUUGUUCAAUGGUAUACCUAGUAUAAGACUUCCUCCUACCAUGUCUACCAGUUAGCUGCUGUUUGGUUUUCCUGUUACCUGUUUCAUUUUCCCCAACAAUUUCUUUUAAGGUUGCUGUUUUCUUGAGAGAAGAACGGGGAACUGUGCUCGGUGGGUUAAAGGGGUUAUUCUGCGAAAUAGGCGGUGUUUGGUUAGUUUUAGCUUAAUAAGGUAUAAAACUAGUUGCAGUGAGAGUUUAGGUGGAAGAAGAGAGGUCCAAAAUAUUAAGUGUUUGCCUCUUGAGUUAUUGGUUUAGUAUAGCUGUCCUGAAUCCUGGUUUAAUGCUGAACUUCUGAGUUUUGAAGGCGUUCCAUUGAUUGCAUUUGCAUUCCUUGUAAAACCCAAUUAGUGAGUUCUUUGGAUCUAGUUUUCUAGGAAAGAUGUCUAUAGUUCCCACUAAUAUCUUUCCUCGAGAUUGUCUUUCUUUUGGUGCAUCAAAAAACGUCCUACAAAUUCAUCCACAAUACUUAUACCGUCCCACUUCAUUGUCUGUUGUUCGUCAUGGUGUUCGACGAUUCCAGCACUGUGUUGCUGCAGUGGGAAAGUCUGAUUCAGUAUCCAACUCUGAGACUGGUUCUGAUCCCAAUUCCAAGCCUAAGCGAAAAGGUCGUCUGAAGAAAACCAGAAGUUCAGAAACUGAGCCAGAAAACACUUCAAAUCUCCCACCAACAACAAUCCCAAGAAAGCCAAGGCGCGGACGUAGGAGUGAAGCAGUUGCUGUUGAGGAUUUUGUACGUGACUCACUUGAAAAGACAUUUGCUUCAAUCCGGGAGCAAAAUCCUGAUGCUUUUGUAAAUAAGGAGCAAAUCCUUAAAGAAGACAAUGACAAGACUCUUUCUGAUGUAAGUAGUGAUGAUGAUGAUGAUGAUGGUCAAAUAGAUGAGGAGAUGGUUAUUGAUGAGGAUAACCCAACUUGGCCAGUGGAUGCUGAUGUGGGAUGGGGCACUAGUGCUUCAGACUAUUUUGAGAAGUAUCCUAUCAAAAACAUUGUCGGAGAUGAUGGUAUUGAAAUUGAUUGGGAAGGUGAAAUUGACAAUAGUUGGGUACAAGAAAUCAAUUGCCUUGAGUGGGAGAGUUUUGCUUUUCACCCAAGUCCGCUGAUCGUCCUUGUUUUUGAAAGAUACAACAGGGCAACUGAUAACUGGAAGGUUCUCAAAGAGUUGGAGAAGGCAUUCAAGGUUUAUUGGAAUGCAAAAGAUCGACUUCCUCCCCGUGCAGUUAAGUUGGAUAUCAAUAUCGAGAGGGACUUAGCAUAUGCUUUAAAAGUUAGACAGUGUCCGCAAAUUCUAUUUCUACGUGGACACAAAAUAUUGUACAGGGAAAGCGAGGUGAGAACUUCAGAUGAAUUGGUUCAGAUGAUUGCAUAUUUCUAUUACAAAGCCAAAAAGCCUUCGUGGAUUGACGAAACCGCUUUAGCUUCGUAGUUUGUUGCGUCAGUGCAGGCAUAAAACAUGAGUGGGAAGUUGGGAACUAAAGAGGUUAACACUUAAUAUUACUACAGACGUAUGGUGAUUGAGUUACAGGUGAUAUUUCGUGUAGGAACUAGGCGGGAGCAUAUUGAUUAAGGAUUUGGGUGCAUGUGUGCCCUGUUCCUUGUCUAUUUUGUUGGAUUUAGGAGUAGAGCUUGUCAUAUUUGUAUUGUAUAGAAUCCAGUUCCUUGUAACGUUUUAAGUUGUUGUUCACUUACUAAUGUACUAAUAUAGUUAAUGAUGUACCUAAGCUUGAAGCUUGAGACUUGGGAGCCGAUUCGGAAUGCCUAUCGGGUCGAAUACCGGGUAGAAGGCAAGAGAAGUUGCAGAGCAAAUGGUAGUAUUCAUAUUAACAUUCAACAACUAUUCUUUUGCUUCUUGCAUGAUAUAACCCAGAAGAUGUACUGGUAUAGUGGUGUUUAUUUUAUCGACCUGAAAGCGGGUCUAAAAAAUCUAUCUAAAACCCGUUGUUUUCA